CUUGAGUCUGUCGGAGCAUCUGUGCUCCUGGCGUAUUUGAAGUCAUCUGCUUUCUUCCGGUCAAUCUGGGCUGCCACAUUUUCUACCCAGCCCGCAAUUCGAGCCUGGCUCUCCCUUGACUUGUUCUUACUUAGUAUUGGACCGAUUGAUAAGCCAUGUCUCGCGCAGCGUCAGUUACAACGAAACAUCCCGAGCUCCAAGAUGUCAGGGAGUCCUCUGUUCAGAAGCAUCCAGUUCGCUGGCACCGCUCAACCUUCUACAAUGCCACAGUGCUCGGUCUCUGUAAUUUUGCCGCGCCGGGCAUCUGGGGAGCCAUGAACUCUCUCGGUGCCGGCGGGGAGGAGAAGCCAUAUCUCGUCAACGCUGCGAAUGCUCUGACCUUUUGCCUCAUGGUGGUGUCUUGCCUCUGCUCACCCGUCCUCACAAAGUACAUUGGCAUCAAGGGCGCUCUCAUGUUCGGCACGUUGGGCUAUGCGCCGUAUGCUGCAGGCCUCUACACCAACAAUCGCUUCGGCACAGAGUGGUUGGUGCUUUUCGGAGCAGCCCUUUGUGGUAUUUCAGCUGGCGUGUUCUGGUCUGCCGAGGCCGCUAUUGCGAUGGCGUACCCUGAACCCUACAAUCGUGGAAAGGUUCUAGGAUACUGGCUCACGUACCGCCUUGGUGGGCAGAUUCUGGGCGGCGCAAUCAACCUUGGCAUCAAUGCGGAUCGAAACGAAGCGGGCAAGGUCAGCUAUACGGUGUACCUGGUCUUCAUCGCCCUGCAGGCGACGGGCCCGUUUGUGGCGGCACUGCUGAACCGGCCUGACAAAGUUGAGCGUACCGACGGUCUCAAGGUCGAGUUGGAAAUCCUUGAGCACCCUUGGAGCGAGCUCAAGGCGACAACACGGACUUUCUUCACCAAGAAGUACCUGCUGCUGGUUCUGUUUAUCGGUCAAGCCGUGUACGCAGAGGCUGUCUUCUUCACGUAUCUCUCAUUGUGGUUCAGUGUCCGGGCCCGCGCACUCGGCUCGUUCGUGUCUGGCAUUAUUGCCGUGACAUGUGGCAAUGUUCUUGGUCACUAUCUCGACCGGACAAAGCUGUCGGUGAAGCUCAGGUCAAGAUCUGCUUUCUUCACGAUUGUUGUGCUGCAAGGUGGAUGGUGGAUUUGGGCAACGGUCCUCGUAACAAAAUUCCGACACACGAGGCCAUCGUACGAUUGGACCAGCAGCGGCUUCGGCCACGCCUUUGUUCCUUUCUUGUUCCUGACCACAGGCUUCCAGCUCAACUACUUAUUCUGUUAUUUCAUGAUGGCACAAUUGGCCACCACGCCUGUCGAGAUCAUUCGCUAUGCGGCGUUGCUUCGUGGGACGGAAUCCGCCUGGCAAGCUGUCAGUUACGGGUUGAACUCGAUCAAGAUAUUUGCCGAAGUAGGUGGAGUGUAUAUCAACUUUGGACUGUGGGCGGCGGCGUUGCUCCCGGCGUGGCUGGUGGUGAGACACUUUGGCAACGAUGCCAUUGCACCCGCAGUGGAAGGGGAUCUGGGGUUUUCGCAUUCUGAAAGCGCGUCUGCCGAUGAGCCUAUCGACACGCGUGUUGAGAAAGAGGUGUGAAAAGCAGCAGGCACGGGCAUGAGCGCGGCCUGGCUCGUGAGCAGCAAUGCAUGUCGACAUCAAGGACCGCCCGCUGUCCUGCUGCUGUCAGUCGGUCG